AUGGCUGUUCGAGCCACCUAUUUCCGCUGCGGCGGCGUCGCCGUCGGGAUCCGCAUAUCGCACAAGAUCGCCGACGGAUUAACUUUCAUCUCGUUCGUCAACACUUGGUCCGCCGUCGCCAUAGGCAACGGCGGCGCCGUUGCGGCUCUCCUGAAGUUCGACGCCGCCGCCUAUUUUCCGCCGCUGGACAUCCUCGGCAGCCACGGACCCACUAUAGGAGUGGUGGAUGAAGAGGUCGCCGCCAGAGUCUUCACGUUCCCGGCGUCGCAGAUCGCCGCUCUCCGGGAAAGGUACACCGGCCCGGGGGGCCACCGUCCAAGCCGGGUGGAGUCGCUGUCGGCUUUUAUAUGGACCCGGUUCACCUCGGCGACGGGCAUUGGAUCCGACCCGGGUAAGAACUGCGUGGUGUAUAAUGCGGUAAAUCUGCGGAGCCGGGCUAAGCCGCCACUGUCCGAAUACCACUUCGGUAACGUGAUCGGGGCUACGAGGCGGGAGGUGGUGGCCGGGGAUGACGGCGUCGAGUUCCUGCGGAAGUUGAGGGAAGCGACGGAGGCGUUAGAUGCCGACUACGUGGCGGGGCUCAAGGAUAGAGAGAUGCAAUUGGAAGUGUUAAUGGAUUUUGCUCGAGUGAAUAAAAUGGAGGUGGAGGUGGCGGCCAGGGAUGGCAGCGUCGAGCUUCUGCGGAAGCUGCAUGAAGCGUCGGAGGCGGUCGACGCCGGCCACGUGGCUAGGAUGAAGAAUAGUGAGGUUUCUUUUUUACGAAACGGAUUUCGGGUGGGGCACACCCGUUUGGGUCGGGUUUCCCUACAAGAAUGGGGUUCAUUUGUCGAAUGA